AUGGCCUUCAACCUGCGCCCGCCGUCCCCGCUCCUCGUGCGGGUGUCCGAGUCCGGCCCCCGGGUACGAAGGAAGCUGGAGAGCUACUUCCAGAGCCAGCGGCACUCGGACGGCGGGGAGUGCAACGUUCGGCCCCGGGAACACGCCGCCCCGGGCACCUUCCAGGUGGAGUUCAGUGAAAGGGCAGCUAAGGAGAGAGUAUUGAAAAAAGGAGAGCACCAAAUGCUUGUUGAUGACAAACCUAUGCCCAUUUUGCUGGUACUCACUGAAAACUCAAUAAAGAAGAACACAAGACCCCAAAUUUCUUCGCUGCCACAGUCACAAGCAGAAACACUGUCUGGUGAUACACAUCAAAAUGAAGGACGGACUUCUAAAGCUGUGGAUUCCUGUCUCCAAAAGAUCUUUCUUACUGUAACAGCUGACCUGAACUGUAACCUGUUCUCCAAAGAGCAGAGGGCAUACAUAACCACACUGUGCCCUAAUGUCAAAAAAAUGGAAGGUCCUAAUGGAAUUGAGAAGGUAUAUGGUGACUUUCAAGACAUUGAAAAAAUACAUCAAUUUUUGAGUGAGCAGUUCCUGGAAAGUGAGUGGAAACAGGAAUUUUCCCCUACAGUGACAGAGAGGAAGCCACUCAGUCAGCAGGACAGGGACAGCUGCAGUUCUCCUUCCGAACCCAAAACCAAGGCAGAAGAAAAAAGCAACUGUUUUGAAGUUCCCUUGCCUUACUUUGAAUACUUCAAAUUUAUCUGUCCCGAUAAAAUCAACUCAAUAAAGAUAAAAUUUGGUGUAAACAUUAAAAUCCAGGAGAGUUCUCCAAAUAUGGUCUGUUUAGAUUUCACCACAGAUCAAUCAGAUGACCUAGAAGCAGCCCGUGAGUCUUUUGCUAGUGAAUUUCAGAAGAAUACAGAACCUCUGAAGCAAGAAUGUGUCUCUUUAGCAGACAGUAAGCAGGCAAAUCAAAUCAAACAGAAAUUGAAUCACCUGUUUACAAAGCUCCUUAUAAAGGAGAAAGGAAGAGAAUUAACUCUCCUUGGGACCCAAGAUGACAUUUCAGCUGCCAAACAAAAGAUCUCUGAAGUUCUUGUCAAGGCACCUGUGAAACUAUUGACUGCCAGUUGGAUGACGAAUGGAAUUGAAGUCGAUAGUGCUCGCUAUAAGCUUUUAGAAGCUGAAUUACUACAGGAGAUAACAGAGAUCGAAAAAAGGUAUGACACUUGCAUCAAGGUUUUUGAGAAAGGUCAAAAAACCUGCAUUCUGUUUGAACCCAAGGACAAGCAGGUAGAUCUAUCUGUGCAUGCUUAUGCAAGUUUCAUCGAUGCCUUUCAGCAUGCCUCAUGUCAGCUGAUGAGAGAAGUUCUUUUACUGAAGUCUUUGGGCAAGGAGAGAAAGCACUUACAUCAGACCGAGUUUGCUGAUGACUUUAGAAAAAGACAUCCAAAUGUACACUUUGUGCUAAAUAAGGAGUCAAUGACUUUGAUUGGUUUGCCAAAUCACCUUGCAGAGGUGAAGCAGUAUGUUCUAAGAGGAGGAGGAACGGCUUCAUUGUCUGGAGAGAAACUGAAUGAGGAUCGUGUAACACCGAUGGACAUUGAUAGUGAUGAUUCCAAAGCAGCUUCUCUGCCACUCAAGGGCUCUGUGAGUUCUGAGGCCUUUGAAGUGGACAAGAAGGAAAAUGGCUUCUGUGUCAUCUGUAUGGACACCAUUAGUAACAAAAAAGUGCUACCAAAGUGCAAGCAUGAAUUCUGCACUCCUUGUAUCGACAAAGCCAUGGAAUAUAAGCCAAUCUGUCCCACAUGUCAGACUUCCUAUGGUGUUCAGAAAGGAAAUCAGCCAGAUGGAAGCAUGGUUGUCCGUGUCUCAAGAGAGUCACUUCCAGGUUAUGAUUCCUGCGGCACCAUUGAGAUUAAUUAUAACAUGAAAGGAGGCAAACAAACAAAGGAGCACCCAAACCCAGGAAAGAUCUACCCUGGAGUACAUCGAACUGCAUACUUGCCUGAUAAUAAGGAAGGGAGGAAGGUUUUGGAACUGCUUCGUAGGGCCUUUGAGCAAAAGCUGAUUUUUACAGUGGGGAACUCUCGAGCAUUAGGAAUCUCAGAUGUCAUCACUUGGAAUGAUAUUCACCACAAAACAUCCAAGUUUGGAGGACCAGAAAGAUAUGGCUAUCCUGAUCCUUCUUACCUGAAACGCGUCCAAGAGGAGCUGAAAGCCAAAGGAAUUGAGUAAGAAAACUGGUGGAAGAUGUCUUAAAUCAGCCUUUCAAAAAAUAUCUGUUUUAGGAGGCUGAUUUAAUGCCGAUCUAAAUCCUUAUGCAGAAAAAACUUUGAAAUUUUCAAGAAAUGAUUCGUAUGAGAAUAAGAAUCUGCUAGUUUGUCAUUUUGGGAAUGAUACUUUUUAUGGAAGACAAAAGCCCCCCCCAAAUCUGUGUAAAAUCUGCUGCACAGGUGUCAUGCCUCUUGUGUCAUCACUGGGGUUAGAGGUGGGUCCGAAAUAAUCUUCUAUGUCCUUCAGUUGGAGUAUCACAUGCCAAUUGAUCCCUUUUUCAUUGCCAUCUCUGAGGUGCUCCUUUAGUUUUUUUUUUGUUUGUUUUCCCCUUCAUACCUGUGAAAGUGAAAUUCUAUUAUAAAUGGUGGCAGGGGGAAAUGUUUGGUUGCAGAAAAUCAAAGACCCAUAUUCCCCUUUCUUCCUCAUGGCAAGAAAAGUGGCCAUGAGUAGAGACUGGGAAAGCACUGGUAAUAAAUGGAAUAAGGCCAUUAUAAUUAUUAUUUUUUCGAGAUGGAGUCUCGCUCUGUCACCCAGGCUGGAGUGCAGUGCUGUGAUCUUGACUCACUGCAACCUCUGCUUCCUGGGUUCAAGCAAUUCUCCUGCCUCAGCCUCUCGAGUAUCUAGGAUUACAGAUGUGUGCCACCACACCUGGCUAGUUUUUUGUAUUUUUAGUAGAGACAGGAUUUGCUAUGUUGAUCAGGCUGAUUUCAAACUCUCGAACUCAAAUGAUCCUCCUGCCUCGGCCUCCCAAAGUACUGGGAUUAUAGGCAUAAGCCACCACACUCACCCAAGACUAUCAUUUUUAAUGACAAAGAGCCUAGUCUAUAGUUGGUGCCUGUCUUAGUCUGUUUGUGUUGCUAUAAAAGAACCCCCAAGACUGGGUAAUUUAUAAAGGAAAAGGAUUUAUUUGGCUCUCAAUUCUGCUGGCUAGAAAGUUGGGCAUCUGGUGAAAGCCUCAGGCUGCUUCCAUUCACAGCAAAGGCAAAGGGCAGCCGGUAUGUGCAGAAAUCACGUGGCAGAGAGGAAGUGAGAGAGAGGUGCAAGCGAGGUGCCAGGCUUUUUUUAAACAACCAGUUCUUCAGGAACUAAGAGUGAGAACUCAGUCACACCCCUGAGAAUAGCACCAAAUCAUUCACGCGGAUCUGC